AUGGCUUGCCUAAGGACUGUAUCGUAUACAGUGAUUAUUAAUGGGCAGCCAGCACCUCCGUUUGUAGCAAAAAAAGGCCUAAGACAAGGGGACCCCAUGUCCCCUUUCUUAUCUGUCAUUGCCAUGGAAUAUCUUAGUAGACUGCUAAGGGGAGAUACAAGGUUUAUUUCUUGCUUGCACGAAAAGUUUCGCUUAUUUUCCGAGGCUUCUGGUUUAGUGGCCAAUACCAACAAAAGUGCAGUUUAUUUUGGUGGUGUGACUGCUAGGGUGCAACAACAGAUACUAGAUAUUCUUGGCUACUCCAAAGGAAUGCUUCCUUUCAGAUACCUAGGGGUACCGCUCAGCUCUAGAAGAGUAUGUAGUCCUGGCAUAGCUGGGGGACUCAAUAUCACUAGCAUUGCGCAUUGGAAUAAGGCAGCAGCAUGCAAAUUAUUAUGGGACCUGGCACGGAAAAAAGAUAAAUUAUGGAUGCAACAGUUCUCCAUUAAGGCUAUCUAUCAGUCCAUAAAAGGACCAGUUAAUAAGGUGCCUUGGUAUAAAAUUGUAUACAGGAACAAAGGUGCUGAAAAGUGGAUCUUUACUCUCAAAAUGGCAGCACAUGGUCGACUGCUCACACGAGAUCGCUUGCGUAAAUGGGGUAUCGACACGAGCCCUGUUUGUCCCAUUUGUCUCUUGGAAGAUGAGACCAUCGAACAAUUGUUUUUUCGAUGUAAUGUCACCGGUCACCUGUGGAACAAGCUACUAGCAUGGCAAGGUGUUCUACGACAAAGUCUUGAUUGGCAAGGAGAACUUGCUUGGGCAAUUGAACACUGCAAAGGAAGGAGUAGAGGCGCUGCAUUGUAUAAAAUGACAUUGGCUGCAACUAUUUACUAUGUAUGGCAUAGGGCAGAGGAAAUUAUCAUCAGGCGAAUCAUUCAAGAGAUCUAUUAUAGAGCUACUAUGUACCCCAAGAUAGCUACGUACAUAACACAGUUUGAUAACUACCCAUCCUAG